CAAAAUUAUUUGAAAAUGUUUGAGAAUCCCAAUUCAUGGGCUACCUCCACUUUCAUGGAGGAGGCGCCCACCCUCUACGAUGACAAUUUGGAUAAAUUGUUGAAAAAUCUCUGUUGGGAAUGCCAACUAUACGAGUGCGAACAUCAAUGCUACGAGCAGGAACCAGUACAAGAAUUACAGCAGAAACAAUCAGAGUUUGCACCAGAAAAGAAAGCACAAUUUCUUGCUCAGCCAUUGCAUUCUAAUCUGGAAACCAUAAACACCACAAAUCAAUUAUUCGCGGCAUUAAUGCCGACGCAACAGCAAGAAGAAAGUCUUUCCGAUUUCGGGUUUCGGAGUACUUGUGGAUGUGGCGAUGGGAAGGUGUGUGAAAAUGGUGAAUGUGCUUUAUGGGUUCCGCAGCAAUAUCAACAGACAUCAAAUACGCAAGUACAAAGUCAGUCUAAUGCCCCGCAACAAAUAAUGCAAUCAUCAAUUGGAUCAGUACCACAGCAGCAUAAUGUCGUGACGUGCAAUGGACCACUUCAACGGUGCCAGUCUUACCAACGUGAAGAGCAAUCGUACGGCGUAACCGUUUAUCCACCACGUAACUAUCCCGCGCUCGAAGCAGUACCGGGAAUAACGUAUCCAAUUGAGAACGAUCGAUCACAAAAUGCGUAUGCGCUACAACAAGAGUUGCCGAGGCACCGAUUUCAACAGCCACUGCAUCCUUUGCAACAGCAGCAUAUACAAUCGCAACAGAGCUUCCAGCCGCCACAACAGUUCAUUCAAAAACAAAAUAUACCCAAUCAACCAGUGCAAGUGCCACAACAAUAUGGACAACAACACUUUUCGCAGCAUCCGUACCACGAACAAUUUAUUGACUCACACCGCAAAUGGCUUAGUCAACAGCCGACCGCACGACCAUCGUAUCCUGUGCACAGCGGCAUUAGCGAUGGUUGUGUGUCGGAUACUCGUUUGCCUUCUGUGCAAGAACGGAGUGCCGGCUAUUAUCAACAGGCGCCAACCGGCGCGCCUGGUGUAAAUGUACAGCGAUUGCUGGGUCACGCACCGUGUAGUGGGAAUGUUCCGUGGUCAUAUUCCUAUUGCUACGGUAAUGAGCAGAACAAAUAUGAACCCUGCCACUUCAUACAAUGCGUUGACAUUGAAGACUUUCUAAAUAAUGAAAAACGGAAAGAGAAAUCACGUGAUGCAGCCAGAUGCCGGCGUUCACGCGAAACGGAAAUCUUCAGUGACUUGGCACAGAUUCUGCCACUCCGCAAAGAGGACGUCAACCAAUUGGACAAAGCAUCUGUAAUGCGCAUUGCUAUAGCGUUUUUGAAAGUUCGCGAAAUGCUACAGCUCUUCCCGAAAAUUCAAAAUCUGAUUGAAGAUUUGAAAUUAGACAUUGAUAUUGACGACAACUCAAACAGUGCAACCCAAAUGUCAGUCUCUUCAACGAAGGAAACUAAUAAAAAGUUCGACUUGCUCAAAUGCGCCGAAGCAAGCCAAUUCAUCAAACAGACCUUGGAUGGCUUCCUGAUUAUUCUCUCUAAUGAUGGUGAUAUCACCUAUGUUUCGGAUAACAUCACAGAUUAUUUGGGACUGGCAAAGAUUGACAUACUCGGCCAACAAAUUUGGGAAUACAGUCACCAGUGUGAUCAUGCCGAACUCAAAGAGGCGCUCAACAUUAAACGCAACGGCACCACCGAUAAAAUUAAAGAUGAGAAUAUGGUAGAGGAGGGACUCUCCACCGACCAUCGCGAUCUUUUCGUGCGCUUUAAAUGCACAUUGACUAGUCGUGGACGUAGCAUAAACAUCAAGAGCGCAUCGUAUAAAGUUAUACACGUCACCGGACACUUGGUUGUCAACAUGAAAGGUGAACGUGUGCUGAUCGCCAUCGGUCGACCAAUACCACAUCCAUCCAAUAUCGAAAUUCCAUUGGGUAGCACAACAUUCUUGACAAAACACUCGUUGGAUAUGAAAUUUACAUAUGUGGAUGAUAAAAUGCAAAAUCUUUUCGGUUACAACGCCGAAGAUCUAUUAGACCAAUCACUCUUCGCCUGCCACCAUGGCGGUGAUUCUGGUAAACUGAUGGCAACAUUCAAAAGUGUGCUGAGCAAGGGCCAAGGUGAAACUUGCCGAUAUAGAUUUCUGGGAAAAUAUGGCGGUUACUGUUGGAUCGUGACACAAGCCACAAUUGUUUAUGAUAAAUUAAAACCACAGAGUUUUGUUUGCGUAAAUUAUGUCAUAAGCAAUCUUGAGAACAACAAUGAGAUUUAUUCACUUGCACAAUACGAGGCAAGCAAGCUUAAAGUUGAGGAAAGCGACAGCAAAAGUGAUCAAAGCAACGUUAGCGAUAGCUGUAGCAACAACAACAAGAGUGAAAACGACAACAACAAUAGCAACAACAUCAACUCAGCUGACGAUGAUAAAAACAUAUUAAAAGAGUGUACUGAAAAAUCAAAACUUGAGCAAGAACUACCCCACCAAGAACAAGAAAAAAUAGAAAAUCAAGAAAUACUAAAUAAAACUUGCAAAGUUGAGUUUCAUUCGAUAAAAGUAGCCAAUUCACCACCAGCCCCAAAAUUGAUAUCAAUAACCGACAACGUUCUAAACGAGGAUCGUAGUAACAACUCGAACAACAAUACCAACAAAUUGUGCACCACCAUCAAACGCGAACAAUCGCCAACAAUUGUCGCAAAACCGAAUACUACCUCAGACACACCCCCAUUGGGUAAUCCCUCGAAAUCGAUUGACGGUAAUAAAACGAUUGUGUGCGAACAUUCACUUUCGCCGUUGCGCCGCAAUCUACAAUCGAAUUGUUUGAUCGGCAACGAUAAUAACGCAAACAACAAAAACAAGAACAACAUUACUAACAAUCCGAGCAAUAAAAACUUGCUCAUACCAAAAUUGGUCGAAGAGAAACGCCCAAAGUCGGUCACCGCAUCGGUAUUUCGUCCGGCCACAUUGGCCGAUUUGAGCGCAACACAGCCGACACCAUCGUCGCCACCCCUACCGCCAGCGACCACCAGCACUACGGCGGUGUUUGUGAAUGCAUCAAAUGCCGCAUUGCCGCCAUUGAAUGCUGCGCCACGCGCCCAAUCAGUGACGGCUUCCGUAUUUACGUCUAUUUCGCAGUUGUGCAAUAAGCAACAACAAUACAUUGCUAAAACCAAUUCCAUUACAACACCAACAACAGUCACAGCAGCAAUACUCAGUGGCCAACAACAACAUCAUCACCAACAGCCGCAGACACAGACUCGGACACAGCAGCAACAACAAGAUAUGAAUAAGUUUUUGACAUUCGGGGAUGACGCUACUGAGUUAACAAUGCUCAAAGAGGAACCCGAUGAUUUAGCACAUUUGGCACCAGCUGCUGUUGAUGCUUGCAUGCGCCUCGAUGACGCUGCUCCAUUUUGCGGCGAAAUGUUGCUUGGUCUGUGCUCGUACAGUUAUGGCGGUUUUUUGCCCGAUGACUACAGCUCCCUCGAUUCAACCACGAAUUCUUCGUCUCCAGACUCACCAAAUCAUAGUGGCAGCAACACUAACGGCAACAUUAACAACAGCAGCAACAAUCAGCACAAUAAUCGAAAUAACAAAAGUAAUUUUAGCAGUCCAACGCAUCAGCAGAAUUGUAACAGCAAUCUGAACUCUGUCACAUUGCGCAAUAAUAAUAAUAACAACAACAACAACAGCAGCAUUAGCAACACCAAUCGCGUCGAUCCAUUCAUUAAUUAUCGGGAGGAAUCGAAUGACACAAACUGCUCACAGCAUUUACUCUCGCCUUGUGUGGCAUCGAAGAGUCCCGAAGCGAGCAGCCUGCCGUCGUUGUGCAGUCCCAACUCCCUCAGCCAGGAUGAUGGAUUUGCAUUUAUGACGAUGAGCGUUGACGAAGACAUAGACAUGACCAUGCGCGCUCCAUAUAUUCCAAUGAACGAGCAAGAGGACUUGCCUCUCCUGACUGCCGACGAUCUAAUGUGGUGCGCCAGCAAUGGUCUGGGCAGCGAAGAGUUGAAUAACCAAAAAGAUGUUGAUGCAACAUUGCAGCAACUGCAGUUGCAACAGCAACACUCCUGCGAAAGCAGUCACAACUUGUUGAGCGGCUAUCAGGAUGCCCAACAUAUUACACAAUCACAUUUAAAUUCGCUGUGUUCCUCACCCGCAUCGACCGUUUCUUCGCUUUCGCCUUCGCCGGUGAGUCAACAGCAGCAACAGGAUACGAAUUGCGUUUAUAACACAGACACCAGUGAGCUGGCGGCCCUGCUAUGUGGCUCUGGUAGUGGCACAUUGUCUAUUCUAAAUAAUAAUUGUGGUGGUGGUGGUGGUGGCAAUGAGCAGACUGGUGCUGGUUUGCAACAACAGCAAGAACAAGCACAUCAACAGCAAUCGCAUUGUGGCGAUUUCCGUUUGCACCAACUGCAACAAGAUUUGGCGGCAGAGCAGCAGGACCAACAGCAACGGCAAAUGCAGUUGCUUGGCUUGAGUAUCGAUUGCAAGAAAGAAAGUUCGCUAUCGCCGAGCUUAUGUGAUUCCAUCGAGGAUGCAUUUGAUCAUGUCUACAACAAGGAUUCAACAAAUCUGGACUGCUGGAAUGAGCUGCUACAAAUUAACGUCAAUGAGAGUUCGUCGUCGGCAUCGCCCUCGCCAGCAGCGUCACUGAAUUCGCCACAGCAGCAGCGGCAAGAACAAACACUGACAGAUUGCAAGUCGCACUUGCAACUGGAACAACAACUGUCGCCGCCGCAGCAGCAGCAGCAACAUCAGCAACACAAUAUAAUUUUGAAUGCCGUGCCAUUGAUAACAAUACAAAACACUAAGAAUAUUUUGUUACAGCAACAACUCCAACAUAAUGCCAGCAAUAAAAUGAUAAUUAAUGAUGAAAUGUUGCCAGCGAAUCGCGGCGGCAAUAAAAUCACAACAAUAAAGUUGGUGAAUGGUCAAUCAACGCCAACGGCAACGGCAGCGGCAAUGACAACAGUCGGAACUUCGUUGGCCGCCAGUAAUGGUACGACCAUUCGGCUGAUUGAUGGUAAACUUCAGCAAUUGUUGCAGCAAAAACAACAACAGGAGGAAACACGUCUGCCAAUUAGUGCCAAGGGAGUGCUGGCACAGCAAAAAAGUCAACAACAACAACAACAAUCACAUAAACGACAUUUGUUGAGCACUUUGGCUGGCAUCCAACAAGAGACAAAGCGCAUGAAGAGCACUGCUGCUGGGAUGGAGUUGCACGCGGUGCCACAGCUGCUGCAACAGUUAGUGACGCCUGUGCAGCCGCAACAGCUGAAGGAACAAGAACAAAAGCAACAAACGCGCAAAGUGAAUGGCGGAGUGGCACGUUGGCCAACGGCUGUCGACGCUAAGGCCGCUAACGGUAUCCAGCAACAACCACAAUCGAACUCAGUGCUGAAAAAUCUGUUAAUCAGCGGUUGUGAUACAAUUAUCUUUAAGAAACCAGGGGAUAUGCUUCUGGACGAAGAUUCCUUGGACCAAGCACCAACUCCACCACUCUCUGGCCUUUCGCCAUCACUCACCGGACCCUUGCAUUGCCAAACUUCGACAGCAACGCUUCUACGCGAUUAUCGCCACAAUCCAAUGAUCGGCGGACCAGGUGUGUUGCCAUCGCCACCAUUUGGAUCUACCAGCAGUAGCGAGGAGUCUAGCCCACCUGGCCUAACACCGGUCGACUCCGAGUCUACUUCGGACAGCGGCAUUGAUGACAUUGGCAUCAUUGAGGCCUCCUCACCGAUGAAAGUACAAUUGGACAAUCCUAGCAGCCCGAUAUUGAAACCGAUGAAUACAUGCUCAGCCACCACUAAAGAUAUGCUCCUAAUAAAGUGCUUGAAUAGUAGAGCCGCCAAAAAACGUGCCGCCAUGGACUCUUUAGCUAGUGAGCCACAGUUGAAGCAACAACAACCAUUUUCUUCGAGAAGUGUCGAUACAGGCAAUGAUAUAAGCCCACUCAUGGAACCCUUUAUAAUGGAUUUGUGUAAUGAUGACUACGAUGUAGCGGCCACCGAGCAGUUUUUGGCACCCAACGAAAUUGAGAAUGUGCUAAGCGAUUGGACAAAUGAGAUGGCCUAGCUGGAGGCAAACAUCAGUAAGAAAAGACGAAAGAAUCAAACCAAACAAUUACGCAGACGAAAACGACGAAGGACAAUGAAUAUGCGGACAAAGUGGGGACAAAGUCGAGAUUAGAAGAGUUUUGCUGGAGGGUAGAUGGUGAGAAGUGUCGUAGGAAGCAGGAUGCAGAAAUAUAUGUAUAGGUUGCAGCGAAACUGUGGGUGCGCACGUAAAAAAUCGUAACUAUAACUAUAACUGUAAGCAAAGCUGCCGCGGUGGCGGCUGACUAUCGUAUUUGGCGUUUAUGAGUGCUUUGACAGGACUUGAAAUGAUGACAUGCCAUCUCCAACAUUGAAAACACUUAACGUCGAAAUAACUAAUUUUAGGGAAGGUGGGACGAAAUUCAGGGAAAGGAUUUACGGAGUGGACAUUUUUACAAACAGCAAAAACAGCAGAAUCGAAAGGAAAUACCAAAAAUAUUCAUUUACAAAGUUUGGUAUUUAUUUCUUUACUUCAAAAUUUGAUUUUCGGAAGACUAGAAGAUUUGGAUAUAUCAGUGUCAGCUUGCACAAGUGAGCGGAAAUAUUGUCGAUUGGAAAAAACCAAUUAAUGCAAAAAAAAAAAUUCAAAAAUUAUUUGGAAGCAAAUUCAUGUUUUUUGGUGAAUAUUUGUGCACAUUAAAUCUUGCAGAGCAGAUUCAAAUUCGUUGAUAAUAAUUUUCCUAAAGUUUUCUAAAUAGUUGAUUUGUCCAAUCGGCUUUCUUCGCUUCAUUGGCACAUGCAGAUCUGAUUUGUUUUAGAAAAAAAAUAUUUUCGUAUUCUUUAUUGAUUUCUUAAAAUUAAGAGUUAUUUUGCAUAAAAUAUUACAACUAACAUACAACCCACACAUAAAAGCCAUAUUUUACCGUAUUUACCCCAAUGAAAGGCCAAAAUGAAAAUAGUAAAAUAUUUUGCAAAAAGUUAAGGAAAAUAUUCAAAAAUAACAAAACAAAAAACCAACUUUAUUAUAUUAUAUAUACAUACAUAUAAACACUUUGUUAGUUUUAAUUUUUUACUGCCCAAAACAGAAGUAAACCGUGUGGUUAGUUGUAUAAGUGCAAAACUUUAUAUAUCUGAAAUAAAUUUAAAGUUAACAAAACAAAAAAAAAAAAACAAAAAAAUUAAAAUUUGGAAAAAGUGUCAUAGUUCUUGUACACAAAUAACACAAAUAAAAAACUCAAAGAAUCUAGAGGAAAAUUUAACUUGACUUAAUUAUUGCUAUUACUGGUGAUAAAUAUUUUUAGUGCAAUAUUUUUUAUUCUCAAACGAGCGCAAACGGUUAAAAAAAAUUAAUUAUUGUAUAUCGAACAAAGAUGUUUAGCACCGGAAAACAAAAAGAUUUAACUGCAAAUGCAGCAUAGCAAAUCAUUCAAACUUUAUUAACCAAGGCAAAUUAAGGAAAACAAAUAGAUUAAAAAUAUGGCAGAAUUAAAAUAAACCGAAAUUGCACACAAUUUUCAUGAAAAAUUUCCGGGCAAAAAUUAAAACAAAUUAAAUACAUAUAAUUCCGAUACAUUUGCACAAAAUAAGGGUAAGAUUAUCAAGUCGGUUUCUUUUGGAGUCGUCUGGCAAUUUCACUUUCACUUUAUCUCUCGAACAGUUCAUUUUGUUAAUGAUAAAGUUCGUAAAAAAUUAUUGUAAAAAAUCCCUUAAAACAGCAGAGAAUAAAUACCAAGAACUAUGAUGAAAAAAAAAAUUAUAUACACGUUAAGGCUUAGCUGUAGUUAUGAAUAAGAGAAAAUUAAACAAAAACAAAACAGCAAAUAAUUAUAUACAUAUAAAAAUGUUUAAUAUUUACAUUUAAAGAAACGCGAAUGUGUUUGUUUUACACAGCAAAAAACUCAGACAUGGUUUUAAAAAAUUACGAGUUUUUCAUCAAUACGAAUCUAUAAUUUCUCAGAGCAUCUGGGCGCAGUGGGAGUCUUUGCAUGGAUAUAAACAAAUGAAAAUAUACUCACCACACAAUAGACCGCACGCAGAGUUGAGUUAUGUCAAGAGCAGAACAGGGCAAUAAGCGGAACAAAAAUUCAAAUUUUAUCCAACUUUUAUAAAUGGCUUUAUUGGAAAAGAUAUUUACUUUUCAGUGCUCUUAUUUUAUAAAAAUUACAAAAAAUAAUGGAGCGAUUUCUUGGGAAGUUCUAUUUGUUUUUUAGUACAUAAAACUUAUAAAAAAUUUACAAUUUACAUUCAAUUAAAUUCCAAAAAACUUGUACGAAUGUGCACUUGCUUUUCACAUUAUUUCAAAAGCUUUUCUUCCAAUUUAAUUUGAGUUUAAUUAAAAUAUUUUUUAUUGAUUAGGGUUGCUAAGUAGAAAGUAGGCGGUCGCCGCAGUCGCAUGCCCAUUCGGCAGUGCAUGAAACAUCAAAUGAUAGAAAAAGUUUUUUCUAGCAGCGGUCGCCCCUCGGCAGGCAGUGGCAAACCUUCGUGUGUAUUUCUGGCAUGAAAAAGCUCCACAUAAAAAAUCAUUUGCCGUUCGGAGUCGGUUAGAAACAGUAGGUCCCUCCUUUUGUGGAACAAAAUCGAGACGCACACCACAAAUUGGAGGAGGAGCUCGGCCAAACACCCAAUAAAGGGCGCAAGCGCCAAUUAUAUUUAUAUAAGAAAAAACCGUAUCAAAAAUCUUUUCAAAUACUUACUGAGAAUUACACAAAUAACAUGUUUCAUGUGGCUCCUCUGCUUGUAGUUGAUGACGUUAACAAACCCUAAUUUUUAAUUAAAAAUAAAGUUACACUUGAAAACCGGAGAGUUUGCUGCAAGAAAUUAAAGUCAUACAGUCAUUUUAAUAAUUACUACUAAAAAUUGCAACGCAAUAUUAUGGACAUUUUCUUUUUACCUUUGCAUUUCUUCCGGCAAAAGGUGCCAUACUUUAGGCUUCUGUAAAAAACGUUGACACAAGGAAAGGAAACUAAAAAAGUAAAAAAAAAAAAAACAAACAACAAA